GGUUCGAGCAUGGGCAUGGAGUCUUCAGCCCCACAAGGUGCGGUGAAAGUAGGCGGCUGGCGUUAUGAAGAUUCAACACGUUACAUCGGUGAAUGGAAUCAACGUGGAAUGAAACAUGGAGUUGGUCAUCUGCAAUUUGCCGAUGGCACCCGCUACGAUGGCCAAUUUUUUGAAGGCAUGAGUCAUGGAUUGGGCUGUAUGUGGUUUGCAGAUGGAGCCAAAUACGAAGGUGAGUUCAUGAAUGGCUGGUUUCAUGGAUAUGGCAUCUUUUGGCGUGCCGAUGGCAUGAAAUUUGAGGGUGAAUUUCGUGGUGGAAAGGUGUGGGGCCAUGGCUUGGUUACGUAUAAGGACUUCACACACGGCUUCCCCAGAAAUGAAGGAUAUUUUCAAGACUGCCGUUUGGUGCGUAAACGUCGCUGCCCCGAAGUUGUACAAAAGGCCCAAAAAUGUGCUCUAAUGGCCAGAUCGCAAUGUGACCACCCCUACUGAUGUUGACGAAAUCCAAUAAACGAAGCAAACAAAAAACAACAAA